AUGGAUUAUAAAUUAUUCUUUGAAUUUUUAGUGCUAUUACUUCUAUCAAUCAACAAUUGUAGUGGAAAAGGACAUGGAGGGCACGGUCACGGUCAUGGUCACGGUCAUGGUCACGGUCAUGGUCACUCUGGUGGAGGUCAUUCUUCCGGCGGAUCUCACUCUGGUUCAUCAUCAGGAUCAUCAGAUUCAGGAUCAUCAUCAUCAUCAGGAUCGUCGCAUUCAGGAUCAUCUGACUCAGGAUCGUCGCACUUGUCAGAUUCUUCAGGAUCAUCAUUUUCCGACUCCGGAAGCUCAAGCUCUGGCUCUCACAGUGACUUUGGAUCUCUAGACAACACAGGAUCCGGAGGUCCUUAUCAUCGUACUCACCACGAUGAUGAUAAUCAUGCCCAUGGUUCUAAUUAUGAGCCAAUAACUGAACCUUCGUACUUUGAAUCAGAUGACUUUAAAGAGGCACAAAGACGUAGUGAUCAGAUGACUGCUGAAAUAGAUGAGUACUUCCAGCAAUUUUCUAAAGAUAAGAAACCUAAGAAAGUAAGCUUUGUUACAACAGUUCUUCCUGCUACGGAUGAUUAUACAGGAUUUUUCAAGCCCAUGCAUGAUGAUAUGGCAAAAACUCUAAAUUCACUCAAAGAUUCUAUGCACAUGAUGGGAUUAGAUUCAAAAUUUAAAGAGUUAGAAGAGAUUAAUGAUAGUUAUUUAAAAGAAAAAUUUUAA